AUGGACCUGUCUCAGCGCCCUAAUCCGCACCACGCGCAUCCGCAGCCCCAGCACCAGCACCAGCACCAACAGCUCCAGCUCCAACAUCAACACCAACAACACCAGCACCAUCAACAUCCGCCGCAGCACCAGUCGCAUCAGCUCGCGCACCACGCGCACCAUGCGUCGCCCUUCAGCACUGCGCGCGGCGCCUCUUCCCAUUCAACGGCUGGCGGCCCUGCGCUGACGCCGGGAUCCGCAUCCUCCACCUCCGUCGUCACCUCCCCCACUUCCGUCUCCCACCAGCUGCCUUCAGCUUCCCGAAAUGCUUCAAGCUCUCGCCAUCAUCAGCCGAGCGACUAUCAGCAGGACAGCGACGACCAGGAGGACACUAAGCCUAUCAAUGGCGAUGAGCCUCCCAAGAAGAAGCAGAAGCGCAACAAGCCCACGCUGUCGUGCCAUGAGUGCGUGGAGCGCAAGACCAAGUGCGAUAGAGGCCGACCACACUGCCUUGCUUGUAUAAAACGUCAAACCGAAUGCAGAUAUGCUCAUGUCGCAAAUCUCCUCGAGGAGACGACUCGGUCAGCGGCCAAUGGCCGACGGAUGACCAAGGCUCCCAAGAAGAAGGCUGAUUCUAGUGGCAAGUCGCCAAUUCCCAACAUCGCCGAUCGAGGCAUCUCCAAUGAUCCGGGGGCCACAUCUAGAGGAGCUGUCGCCCUCUCCAUCGGCCUUCUCUCCAACGUUCCCUACUCGUUACCCACCGCCAGCAAUGUCUUUGGAAUUGGAUCGGAGCACCCCUUUGCAAAUUACUGGACCUGCGAGGGAGGCUUACCCGAGGUCAUCUCCGUCCUCCCGGAAAAGAUCCAGGCCGACAUCCUGCUGAGCCGCUACUUCGAGUGUGUCGACCCCGUUUAUCCCAUGAUUCAUCGACAAACCUUUUACGCGGACUAUGAGCACUUUUGGCAAAUGGGGCAGCCAGAGAAGAAUGAUGUGGACCCGUCGUUCAUCGCUAUGAUCUUUGUAAUGCUGGCUCUUGGCACUCAGUUCGUGACAACGUCAACAUCACCCCGGGAGCGAAAGCAGACGGCCGAGUUCUACGCAUCGGCCAGCAACCAAGCCUUACGGGUAUCAUCCUAUCUGAGCAGCGCCUCAUUGCGCUCAAUCCAGGCCAUGGUGCUCAUGACAUAUUUCCUCAUAAACGACAACCACGCAUCAGAUGGAUGGGCGUUUGCGGGCAUCCUGAUCCGGCAGGCCUAUGCCAUGGGCCUCCAUCGCGACCCAAAUAUUGUAACACCCAAUGCUAGUCUCUUUGAGAAACAGCAGCGGAGGAAACUCUGGCAGGCCGUCUUGCUUCAGGAUACAUUUCUGACAGUACUCCUGUCUCUACCACCCUCAGCAACACAUACCGAUGUGUCUGUCGAGGACUUGUUGGAUGAUGGCUCCUCGAUUGCUAAUAGCGACCCUACGGACACGGCAUAUAUUCGAGGCUCUUGGACGCUCGCGAACCUGGUUCAGGAGACAAUCUGCUCCCCCAGGUCAUUAGACGUGCCCAUCUGCACUACCGCAAGGCACAAGUCGAAAUUGAUUGCCGACUUCCGAGCUGUGUAUCGAUCGUUUCCGGAUGUGUUUAGAUCAUGGGAUCCGGAUAGCAUCACUGCACUGUCCAAGACCAACAAGCGGGUCGUUCGGCAGACGUUAUUCCUAACGAGCAACUACUUCCACAACUUGAUGUUGGUUCACGCCUCCGAAAGCCCCGAUGUUCCAGUCAACAUCCGGGGCACGCUCGAAGCGGCACACGACGCCAUCAGCGCAUUCUUCUUAUUGUUCGCACUUCUUGAGACAGAGGCUCGGGUUUGGUGGGUCUUUAACCAUCGGGCGUUUUUGGAGGCGUUGUGCAUCGGAAAUGUUCUUCGUGAGGCGUCUCGGGAGCCCGGCGGCUCAGAGGCCAUGGCGAGGGAUCCGCUGCUUGUGAGGGCGAAAGCUGAUAUUACGAGGAUGAUUCAGAUCAUGCAGGUCAUGGGUGAAGACUCCGAUGUGGCUCGGACGCGAGUGCAGGUACUGAGCGAGUUUCUUGUGUGA